AUGGUCAUUGCAUUGCGCAUGUAUGACACAAAUGUUCCUUGCCAUUUAUUGAAACAGGUGAUGAGAUUGCAGCAACUCCAGUUUGAGAAAGUGGGACUUCGACUGAAGCAUCAAGAGCUCCUACAACAGGAAAUGGCCUUACGUAGCCAAUUGCCAAGCAUGGAACAAGAUGGCAGCCCCCAGACUCCAGUUUCUUCACCUGCAAUGUCCCAAGACAUAAGGACAAUGACUGCCAACAGUUCAGAUCCAUUCCUUAAUAGUGGAACAUACCAUUCCAGGGAGGAAAGUACAGACAGUGGACUUGGCAAGAGCAGCUACAGUGUACCAAGAACACCUGAUGACUUUCUUAACAGCGUCAAGGAAAUGGAUACAGUUGAAAACCUUGGUCAAAAUAAUAUUGGGCCUCUGCAAAAUCGUUUUCCUGACUACUUGGAAACUAUCCCUGGUACUAAUGUGGACUUUGGGACACUGGAGGAAGACAGGAUGAAUGUAGAAGGAGAAGAAUUAAUGCCAAGCCUACGGGCACCGAGCUCUGACAUUCUCAAUGACGUGGAGUUUGUCCUUGCUGCCACAAAGAUAGAUAAGGAGAGCUUCCUGACAUAGCUAUAGGGCCCUUGGUCCUGUCAGACUACCUUUGAUUCUGUGAAGGAUAUCAAAAUUUGAGAUAUCUUUGUGACUUGUUAUGGACUUCUGAAUUGUCUCUUCUCUGAUGCAACAUUGGAUAAACUCAGAAUAUUUGAAAAGGAUU